AUGGUUUUGCGAAAGUUUCCGCCGGUUCCGCCAACACAGAAAGCAUUGCCGACGCUGGCGAUAUUUCCAAGCGAUGUGAAUAAUAGUGAAGAUAAAUUCGUCCGACUUAUCCGUGGAAGAGACGCCAGCUGGAAUGGUGGGCGAACACCACAGAGGCUUAUUCGCCUUGUUCCAGUGCGAAGCAAUGGUGCUCGUCCACAUUCUAUCGGUGACUUAAUUGUACAGUCCAAAGAGGAGCCUCUCAGUAGAAUCGCCAUAGUCCUAGAAAAGGUUGCAAGCGCAUCUGAGAACUAUAAUGCCUCCAUAGAUCGAAUAAUCGACGAAAAAUUAACGAGAAGAGAUGAAUGUAGCCGUGAACACCACCGAAGCCGUGUUGAAGAAACAGAGAAGUAUCUUCCACGUGGCGGUUCGAAAGAGAACAUCAUGGGUUCACGUCCUAGUUCAAUUAAGCUUGACACUCUUAUAACUAUAGCCAAUAUGGCUCAUGUAAUUUUUGGUCUUCUUCUCAAUGGUCAACAAAGCAUCGACUUACGUCUUGACGGUAUUCAAAGAGAACAACUGGAAAAUAAGCAACAUAUGGAAAUUGGACUAAGAAAUGUCGUCGACGAGUUGAAAGCCGAAAUGGUUGAUAAAGCUCUUGAGCAUGCGGUGGAACUGGAGAGGAUGAAGAUUAAGCAAGAACAUCUCAACGAUGACUUCAGCUUAUUGAAUAUUCGUCUGGGAGAGAUGGAACACCUAGUGUCGAAACUAAUGCAGGAAUCUGAUGAACCAGCAAUUCAAGUGGUCAGAGUGCAAAGCACCAACGAACCGAGUAAAAUCGAGGAACUGCCGCUAAGUGACGAUUCAGUCCAUAGCGUGUUGUCCGUUUCUUCUGGGUCGCCUACUGAAGGACCGGCUGAUUCUGAAACGCGGAAACCUUCACAAGCGUUCAUACUUACUCAGAGACCAGCUUGCGAAACAGUUAAAAUCAUCAGAGGAGAUAAGACAGAUACAACGCAUCUUUGA